AUGGAACCAGAAAACCAAACAGCAGUCUCAGAAUUCUUCCUCCUAGGCCUCUCAGAAAAGCUCGAACAUCAGCCCCUCCUCUUCGGGCUGUUCCUGUCCAUGUACCUGGUCACCAUCAUGGGGAAUUUGCUCAUCAUCCUGGUCAUCAUCACGGCCUCUCCCCUCCGUACACCCAUGUACUUCUUCCUCGCCAACCUGUCCCUCAUUGACAUCUUCUUCUCCUCCACCACUGUCCCCAAGAUGUUAGUGAACAUGCAGACCCAGAGCAGGUCCAUCCCCUUCGCGGGAUGCCUGGUGCAGAUGUACGCAUUCCACCUGUUUGGCACCAUGGACAGCUUCCUCCUGGCUGUGAUGGCCAUUGACCGCUUUGUAGCGAUUGUCCACCCUCUGCACUACUCAGUUAUCAUGAGCCCCCGUGUGUGUGGGCUGCUGGUGGGGGGCCCGUGGGUGAUCACCAACCUUCAGUCCCUGGUGCAUACCUGCCUAAUGGCCCAGCUGAGCUUCUGUGCCAGCUCUGAGAUCCCCCACUUCUUCUGCGACCUCAUGCCCCUGCUGAAGCUCUCCUGCUCUGACACGCACAUCAACGAGUUGGUCAUCUUUGCUUUUGGUAUUGUCAUGGGCAUCAGCCCACUGACUUGUAUCCUUUUCUCCUACAUCUGCAUCUGCCGGGCAGUCUUUAAGAUCCCUUCUGCCCAGGGCAAAUGGAAAGCCUUCUCCACGUGCGGCUCCCACCUCACCGUGGUGUCACUAUUCUAUGGGACCAUCUUCGCUGCGUACCUGCAGCCUGCAGCACCUACCUCCUCACAGAAAGACAAGGCAGCGGCCCUGAUGUGUGGGGUGGUUAUCCCCAUGCUGAACCCUUUUAUCUACAGCCUAAGGAAUAAGAACAUGAAGGUAGCUCUGAGGAAGCUCAUAGACAAAGCAGCCUCCCCCGAGUCCUAG